AUGGCCACCGCAACGCAGACACAGACAACCGAGACUCUCGGCCAGACUCAUGAGAAUCCCGGUGCAGGCGCUCUGGUUCACCAUUCGAACCAGAGCCAGGAGCUCAUUCAGUCUUCUCAACGCCGAGAGGUGGGAGCUUUGAGCCAGCAACCACGCCCGCAGAGUGCUGUUGUCUACCAGCCGCCAACUCAUGAGGACAAGCCUGGGGAGAAAAGAGAAGCUCAAUUCCUGCCGUGGUACACGCGCUGGGGCUAUUCUAUCUCGCUCGGUGCUGCCCAGGGAUUCCUCAAGCCAGCCAGUUUGGUCCGCGAUAUGCAGGAUUCCAUUCGUUCGCCAUUGCAUCAACCAAACUUGAUGAAAACUUAUCAAUGUCGUCCGAAGCUUCCUGUCAGGGUCUUUUUCCCUAAGCCCUACGACAAGGAGAAGCCCCGACAGAUGCCUCUGAUCUUCACAAUCCAUGGAGGUGGUUUUAUCAUGGGAACUCCGCAAGACAAUGAUGCAUGGAACGCCAAGUUUGCAAGCCGGUAUGCGUCAACGGUCGUCGCGCUGAACUACAACAAGGCGCCUAAGACGACUUUUCCGAUGUCGAUCCACGAUGUGGAAGCACUGAUUCUGGCUACACUUGGCGACUCAGAGAUUGCUCCACACAUCGACCGUUCCCGUAUUGCCGUCGGCGGCUGGGACGCGGGUGGAAACCUCGCACUGACUGUCUCUCAGCUGCCAGCCAUCAGACCCAUCGUCAGCUCAGUUUUCGCCUUCUACCCACCUUGCGACUUCACCGUGACACAUCAUCAAAAGAGUCGCCUCCGGCGGUACAAGGCCGGAGUAGGCGGCUUCCGCGCACGCGAGACCGAUUACAUGCUGUCUAUGUCACCCAUGAUUGACUGGUCAUAUAUCCCACACGGGACCGACCUGCGCAAUCCACUCCUCAGCCCGUACUUCGCGGAACAUGACAUGCUCCCUCGGCGCGUCAUGAUCGUUGGCUGCGAGCUGGACAUGUACGCGCACGAGGCUUGGCGCACUAUCAGCAAGCUCGCUGGCCGGGAUAUUCCCCCAAUGGAACAGACUGUUGGCCGUGAGGGCCAGUCUGAGCAUGGGCAGAUGCUGUUCGACGAUGAGCGCUUCCACUUUGAGCAAAGCUACAACGAUGGGUCGAGCUACAAGUGGUUGCUUGUCCCAGACACGAUUCACAACUUCGACCAGCGCAUUGGCGGCGUCGUGCGCGAGCCGGACUUCCGGGCUGAUGCGGAGCAGAAGAGCGAGGCCUGUCUGAAGGAGAUUGGUGAAUGGCUGCUCGGCCCUUUCCAUUCAGGCCGACAGAAUGGAACUAUCAACGAGCACAGUGGGACUACCAAUGGUACGACCGAAGCCCAUCAUCAGAUCGAGCAGUGA